AUGCAUAUCAACGCGAUAAGGAGGGCCAAGGAGAGGAGUCGCUCUGCCUCGUUAGAAGGCCAACUGCUGGACUCUAUAGCGGAGCACAGCAACUCCAACCGUACGAGUGGCAGACAGAGUGAAAAUAACGAAGGGGCUUCUAGCGAGGCGCGGGAGGCAGGGGAAAACGGAGCAGGUACCGGAUUGGAGGAGGAUUGUGAUUUAGGGAAUGAAGGACACGUGGACAUGGCGAGCUACAGUGAUUAUGGCUUAUCGUUUGAUAUGGUGGGGAAGGGCGGGGCGAAUGGUGGGGAGAAGGUGGGAUUUACGGAUAAGUUCAGGCAAGUAGGAAAGCGGAACCAGAUGCAUAUCAACGCGUUUCGGAGGGACAAGGGCAGGGACAGGCACGGCGGUGACUCGAUAGUGGGUGGGUUGGAGGACUCUAUAACGGUGCAAUCCGGUUCCAAGGUUGGUGAAAGGGGCGGGGGCGAGGGCGUAAACCCAAGCUGCGAAAAGCAGAGUUCCAGUGAAGCGGUUCGCAUGGGUAUUGAUGGAGAUGUUGUUAGUGGGAGCAGGGGGGGCAGUGCUAGUACUGGUAGCAAGAGUGACUGUAACGAGCGAGUAGCAGUGGCAGGGGAAAGCACGGUUGGUGACAAGGAUGGGGAACAGCAGGCUGGUGAGGGGGACGCUGGGGGAGGCGCUGGGGGGAGCGCUGAUGGUGGUGGAUCUCAGGGAGGGCAUGCUGAGCCCUUGGCAUCCAUCUCGUUCAGAACAGCAGCGGAUUCUCUCCCCGGCACUGAAGCAUCUGCGUCCCUUGCUUGCACAGACGCGGUCCCGUCCCUCCCCCGCAUGGAAGCAUCUGCGGAAUCGUCUUCUGGGAGCUUGCUGGGCAAUAAGGGAGAAACAAUCUCGGGGAAAUGUCAGCAGCCCCGCCGUCUGUCUGUCCCCUGCCGGCCGACCUCGGCCGCCAGGUGGCGUGCUACGUGUGGCCUGCCUUCUCGUGUGUCCAUCGAGAGAGAUGCUGAGCUGGCUGCCAGGCUGGCAGAAAUCCGAGCUGGAUACGCUGGGCGGUGGGUGGGAGAGGAUAAGAUCGAGCGGGAGGGCUCGGGGGUUCAUACGAGCAGCGGCCGCAGCUUGGGGAGCAGCAAUUGUGACAGUAACGCGAGUGACUGUAGGGGGGGGGAGGGGUACGGGUCACAUCAAGGGACGUCAGUGCUCUUAUCACAGCACUCACCCGUGGAAGGUAGACAAUCUCAGGAGCACACUAGGACUAUGCAAGACCGAGUGCAGCGCAGCUGUGAGGAUGUGUUACCGGAUCAGUUAGACAGUCCCCAGGAGAGACAGACUGCGGAAGAAGGGAGAAAAGGAGGGGCGGUGGGGGAGGGGGCGGGGCUGGGGGAGGAGGUGAGACAGGGAGAGGGAGAAGUUGAGGAGAGGGCGGGGUUGGUGGAGGAAAUGGGGGAGGUAGAGGGAGAAGUGUUGGUGGAGGAAGUGGCAGUCACUCUGGAGAGGAUUGAAGCAGCUUUCAGUCGAUUCAGUAGCGUUGUGGAGUCGUGUGAACGAGGAGAGGGAGAAGAGGAAGGGGAGGGAGAAGGAAAAAGGGAGGGAGAAGGAAAAAGGGAGGGAGAAGGAAAAGGGGAGGGAGAAGGAAAAGGGGAGGGAGAAAGAAAAGGAGAGGGAGAAGGAAAAGGAGAGGGUAAAAGGGAAGGAGAGGGGGAAGGGGAAGUGGGCAGGAUAGAGGAGGCAUUCAACCGACUCAGCAGCCAUGUUGAUGAGCUGGCUUCUCUCAAGGCACAACAGGCCGCUUCUACUGCCACUGCUGCCACUGCUGCUGCUGUACCUGCUGCUGCUGCCACUACUGCUACUGCUGCCACUGCUGGGAAUGCAACUGCUGCCACUGAUGCUAUUGUGGGGAAUGCGGCUGCCCCUGCUGCCACGGCUGGCAAUCCAGUGAAGAGGGUGUAUAGUAUCCGAGUGAAACCCGCUCACAUGCAUGCUGCUGUGAGGGCAGCGGUGCGAGCCGUGCAGGCUGUGCCGUGGGGUCAGGUGGAGGAGAGGCAACGAGGCACUACGAAAGAGGGAGGGGACGGGGCGGAUUGGCAAGGGUUUGGAGCGCAAGGGGCAGCAGUGGGGGCCGUGCAGGCUGUGCCACGGGGCCAGGUGGGGCAAGGGGAGAAGAGGCUAGGGGCGCAAGGGGAAAGGAUGCAAGGAGUGGACGGGCGAGGCAUCUCAAGUGCAGAAGCAGCAGAGGAAGCAAGUGCAGGAGAGGCAAGAAGUGCAGGGGAGGCAAGAAGUGCAGGAGAGGCUGCUUCUUUUAAGGGGUUAGUGCAAGGCCAGCUGCCACCCACCAGCGUUAGUGCUGAAAAUGCCGCUUGUGAUCUGAACGCACCUGCUGCAUCCAACGGCCCUGAUGCAUCUGCAGGAUUCAACGGCCCAGAUGCCCCGGCUGUGUUGCCAGAUCCAGAUUUCCUGCCUCCUGGGGUAACAGGUGAUGGUCAUGUGGAGUAUGCCCCUGUACCGUUCUCAACCGUUGGGUUUCCUGCAGAAUCAUCGCUCUGCUCCGAUGAGGAUAUACUUGCAGCAGCAGCGAUGGUCGAGGCAGCCAUAGGGAGUUUCGCUGCAGAUUCCAGGGUAAUUUACCCUUCCAAAAAAAGGGAAGGGGGAGGAGCAGGGGGAGGGGGAGGGGCUGGGGGAGGAGCAGGGGGGACGGGAAGUGGAGUGAUGCGAGUGCCGGCAAAAGUGGUGGCAGAGGGAGGGGUAGGGCCGGGGAUGAUUGUGAGGAGGAAGGCAGGUCAAGCCCCCCGCAUGUGGGCUGUCCCUACCAUGGACUUAGAAUCUGCUCUAGAGGCCGCUAUGGGGGCGGCUGAUCGGGUGGAGAAGGGCCCUCUCGAGGCUACUUGUGAAGCCACUUCUGAGGCGCCUCAAAAGGCCCCCCGCAUGUGGGCUGUCCCUACCAUGGACCUGGAAUCCGCUCUAGAGGCCGCUAUGAGGGCGGCUGAUCGGGUGGCUGGAAGGGUGGAGAAGGGGGUUUGUUGUGAGGCAGAGGCAGCAAAGCCAACGCAGCAGCACAGUGUCACGGCUGAGAGCGCUGAGAUGAGAGGAGGGAGGGAGCAGGUCCAGACUAUGGGUCUGGGUUCGGGGCCAGAGGCGGCUGUGGGGGUGGCUGAUAGGGUAGAGCAGGGGGGUUGUGACAUGAUGGCUCAGAGGAGGGGAGAGAGGGAGCAGGGGGGUUGUGACAUGAUGGGUCAGAGGAGAGGCGGGAGGGAGCAGGUCCAAAAGAUGAGUCUGGAUUCGGCCCGACGCAUGUGGGGUGUUCCGAGUAUGGAAUUAGAAUCGGCUCUAGAGGCUGCUGUGGGGUUGGCUGAUAGGGUGGCGAAGAGGGCGAGUGUUGAAACGAACCAGGGGCAUGCUUUAACGCGUAUGGAGGUGGACAGGUGUGAGAUGGAGCAUGGCAGUGCUGCUUCAGCUGGGGUUGCGUGUGGAGGAGAGGGAGAGGGUGAGGGAGAGGGAGAGAGAGCAGAGGUGGGAGAGAGUGUGGGUAGGGUGGGAUCGUUUGCUUUCAGUGUUGGGGUGGAAGCAAGGCGUGACUCGGGUGUCAGCAGCACUGUUGCUGGUGGCGGCGGUGCUGCUGCUGCUGCUGCUGCUGCUGCUGCUGCGUUGGAAGCAAGUUUGAGGGAACAGUACAGAGACAGUCGAGGAGAUAGCAGAGGAGAGAGCAGUUUUUCCCAUUCUCUUACGCCGCCUGGGUGGAUUUUUCCAUCCACCGCUUAUGACGCUCUUGAGGAUGCUCUUAGCGAGUAUGACGCUAGGAGUGUGAGCAUUGGCAGCAGAAUCAGCAGCUCUAAGGGGGGAGGAGGGUCGGGGUUUCCGAUUUCCUGCCUGGGAGGGGGGUUAUUAUCGGUUCCCGAGUCUGCUAAAAGGAGCGCCCUUUCCAGCCCUUCGUGCCUCAGCCCAAGGUUCGCAGCAGUGCUCAAGUCCCUCAGCAGGCCUGCCGGGGCGUCUAAGGCUAAUGCAAGUCCAGAGCGACAGGAGAAGGUGGAUGCAGCAACAAGGCGGCUGCUGCAGCUGCAGGAGCAUCUGAGGCGGCUGAGCAGACAAGGGCUCAUUGCGGGGGAUGGGGAGGACGAGGCUGGUGGGAGAGGGAGUGAGGGAGUGAGAGAGGAGGGCGCUUUGGAGAGCCAGGGGGUACAGGGGGUAUGUCAGGGGGUGUGCCGGGGGGUAAACGAUGGGGACCUUGUGGUUGAGGAGGACAGGGAUAGCGCUGCUGAGAGCCAGGGGGUAGGGCAGGGAGUAGGGCAGGGAGUAUGCCAGGGGGGUGUUCAGGGGCUAGAGCAGGAAGCAGAGCAAGGGAUCAUCCCAGGGGGUGACUCGCAUAUCAAUGGAAUCAGGCAGGAAAUCGUUCCUGAGGGCCAGACAAACGAGUUGACCUUUGGGUCGACUCAAGAGCCAAGGGAUGACUUGCACGUCAAUGGAAUGGGCCAGGGGGUUGAGCCUGAGGGGGACCUUGAGGGCAAUGGGUGGGACAUGGAGAGCCAGGGAGACAGUGGCAGCUUGGGGGUAAGCAGCAGUGGUGGUGGCAGCAGCAGGAGUGAGGGGCCUUGUGCGCGGCAGGCUAGUGUGAGUGGAGCUGCCGGUGCAGGUGGGAAGGAUGGUGGGAAGGGGGGGUCGAUAGCUAGAGUGCCCAAGAGCAAAAUCUUGUCACUGUUGAAGGGAGGAAAGGUGCAGGAGGGGCACGGAAAAGGGCACGGGGAUGGGAAGGGGCAGGGGGAGAGAGAGAAGGGACAGGAGGAAAGAGGGAACGGACAGGAGGAGAGACAAUCAGGGCAUGAGGCGAAGGCAGACGGCAUGAGACCAUGGAGAAUGAAGGGUGGUAAAAACAAGUUUUAG